GUAUAUAAUUUUGAGCUUCGACAUUGAGCAAUCACUUCCACAACGGUUGCUCUAUUCGACGUCGCUCUCGCCAAAAACUAGACAGUUACGAUAUGGCGAGCUUAGAAAAGUCAAGCAAGACUUCAGAAGAAAGCAGCAAGGCGACGCUAAAAAAUCCAAAGGGAACGCGCGACUACCAUCCCGAACAGAUGGCCAUACGAGAACGAGUCUUCGAAGUAAUCAGGUCAUGUUUCAAGCGCCACGGCGCCGUGACGAUCGACACUCCCGUGUUCGAACUCAAGGAAACCUUGAUGGGCAAGUAUGGCGAGGACUCCAAACUGAUCUACGACUUGGCCGAUCAAGGUGGCGAGCAGUUGUCGUUGCGCUACGAUCUGACUGUACCCUUCGCACGAUACAUAGCUAUGAACAAGUUAAAGAACAUAAAGCGCUACCAUAUAGCCAAGGUUUACAGACGCGACAACCCGGCCAUGACGAAAGGACGAUACAGAGAGUUUUACCAGUGUGACUUCGACAUUGCUGGAGAGUACGACCCACUUCUGCCUGAUGCCGAGUGUGUGAAGAUCAUGACAGAGAUCCUGACGGAUCUUCCAUUAGGAAACUUUGUAGUGAAGAUUAACCACAGGAAAUUGCUUGAUGGGAUUUUCGCAGCGUGUGGAGUACCACAAGAAAAGUUCCGUAGCGUUUGCUCUGCCGUAGACAAACUUGACAAGCUGGAAUGGACGGAUGUGAGGAAAGAGAUGGUUGAAUUGAAAGGUCUCGACGGUGCAGUUGCUGACCAGAUCGGGAAUUACGUCGUGCGAAGCGGUAAACUACAACUGGUCGAAGACUUGCUGCACGAUCCUAUUCUAUCCAGUCAGCCGGCAGCCAAACAAGGUCUUGAAGAAAUGAAGAAACUGUUGGAAUACUGUAAUGCGUUUGGAGUUCUCGACACGGUUCUGUUUGACAUCAGCCUUGCUAGAGGUCUUGAUUACUACACGGGAGUUAUAUUUGAGGCAGUAUUGACCGGGUCUCCACAAGAAACGGCCACUUCCAAAACCGGAGAAACGAUUGGUGUAGGAUCCGUCGUCGGUGGAGGGCGUUACGAUGAGCUGGUCGGCAUGUUUGAUGCCAAUAAAAAGCAAGUUCCGUGUGUAGGAUUCAGUGUUGGAAUCGAGCGCAUUUUCUCCGUCGUCGAGAGCAAGCCUCAGUUCCAAACGUCUGGCAAACCAAGAGCCAUUGAGACUGACGUACUUGUAGCAUCAGGACAGCAAGGCUUGCUGACAGAAAGAAUGAAGUUGUGCAACGAACUGUGGGCCUGCAAAAUCAAGACAGAGUUGUUUCACAAGGUCAAUCCAAAGCUACUGAACCAGUUCCAGUACUGUGAAGAACACGGGAUUCCUUUCGUAGCAAUCAUUGGACAAGACGAACUAGCUCAAGGACAUGUCAAGCUUAGAGAUACUCUCACUAGAAAUGAGAUGCUCGUUGCAAGAUCCAAGUUGCCUGAAGAAAUCCAAAGACGGCUGGCUGAAAAGUGACCGUUGGAACUUGAAUUUGUGUGAGAUGUUUGGCGUAGCAGCUGUUUUGUCUUGCUUCAACCAUGAUCCUAGUGUAGCUUUUUCAAUAUCAUACUUUGUCUCACGUC